UCAAUAUUUAUUAAAUUAAUCCUAAUUUAUUCAAAAAAUAAAGUAAAAUAAAUAUUACUUUGUGUUAGAUAAAAAAAGAAAAUCAAUAAUUUAAUAAUUAAAUAAAUAGAUUAAUUAAUUAAUUAAUAGCUAAGCAAAACAAACAAAUUUAAUUAGGUUUUCUACUAAAAAAUGAACACUUAUUAACCUCAAAUAGGCACCCCUUCUACCAAACUUUCUAACACAUAUUAAACCCCUUCAAGCAAAAAUGCUACUAGCACUGUCUAAUAUUAGACUUUCACUACCACUGCAGCUAUUCCAUAAUACUAAUAUGUGACAAUAACGUAGUAAGCUCCUGCUACAGGAACAACAACUGUAGUUAAUUCUAGUGUUGCCCCAAUUUAAUAGUCUGGAAUUAGAUACUCAUAAUAGUUAGUUACCUAGCUGGCUUCACCUUAACAAUAAACUGGUAUAAUUGGCUAACCUUUAACAGUAUCUUCCUACUAGAUCUAAAAUGCAAAUAUUAAUUCUGUGAGCUCACCAAGAAUUUCAGCAGCUCCUGUUUAAGUUACCUCUCCAGCUAACAACUCUGAUUUAGCUUAAUCUAUAAUCAACAAAUACAAAUCCAUUUCACAAUCUUAAUAAAUAAUUUAAUAAAUCUAAUAAAAACAAUAAGCUAACUCUAAUGGAGCCACAUAAAGCCAAGGAAUGAGAUAAAGCAGUACACCAAAUAACUUAAACAGUCUUGCUCAAACACAAAAACCUGAUCUUUCAUCCCCAAAAAUAAAUUAUGAAUCUAUUUAAACCAAGAUAUCUCAUCCUAUUGAAAUAGCUCCAUACUCUCCUUAGUAUUCAUCACCAAUCUAAGCAAAAUUCUUUUAAACAGAAUCAUCGACCAAGAAUAGCGCUAUUUAGUAGCAAUAAUAACAACAACAAAAUAUAUUUACCUACUAGCCUUACAGAGAUACAAGCAGAAAUGCAUCUAAUUAUGUACCUAGUACUAUUUAGAAUGUCCCAGAAAAUGGUGGCACAUUAAAUACAUAUAAAUCAAAUGGAAACUUAAACUAAUCUUUUAACCAAUUAAACACCUCCAAAUUUAAUAGUAUUUCUAUGAUUCCUGAUAAAGUUAGUGACAAGCUUAUUGAUGAAUUCUAGAAACUUACUGAAAGCAACUUAAAAUUUUUUAUGCAAAAUAAAUAAAAGUGGAAAGAAAUCGAAGAGUCAUUGAAGCACGAAAAUGAUGACUUGAAGCUCAAAAUAUCUAUGCUCCAUGAAAGCUAUUCCUAAAUUAAUAAAAGUAUGAUAGGAGGAGCAGCUGGAACAAAGCCAGAUAUUUCUUUCUCAAUUCAAAAGGAUUUAGACAUAGCAACUACUUACGAGUAAAAGGUGUUGUUAAUAUAAAAGGAGUUAGAAAGAUCGCAUAAGGAAUUGGAAGACUAUAGAAAAAAGAAUUAAGAAGCCCAAAAGAAAAAUGAUGAACUAAAUCAUACAUGUACUUAACUUAAUGAGUAGCUUAAUACAGUUAUUCAAAAAACUAUUGAGGGAAAAACUGUCUAAAUUGAUGAAUACAAAUUAGACUAGGUUAAAUAGCAAUAUGAAAGAAAACUUUAUGAGGAAUAACAAUAAUAUAGUUAAAAUUUAUAAAAUAUGAAAAAUUAAAUUUCUGAGCUUGAAACUUCUUUGAUUUAAGAAAAAGCAACAACACAGAAGUUACAAACUGAUAUUUUGAAUUUAACAAAUGAUUAGAUUAUAGUAGGUUCUAAUAACACAAAGAGUUCACCUUCAUACAAUAAUCAAUAAAUAGAAAAUAUUAAAAGUGAAUAUGAAAAUAUAAUAUCUGUUUAAAGAUAGUAAUUUAACUAGGAACUUUUGAACGUCAAUUAAAAAAUAUAUGAACUUGAGUCUAGCCUAACUACUGAGAAGUUCAAUAACAAGAAGCUUUAGGGCGAAAUUUAAAACUUAUCCACAUUAGUAGCAGAGUAAAGUAGAAUUUACGAUCCUGUAGCUUCUUCAUCUGCAAAUUCUGAAGAGACCAAGAGAAAGCAUGAAGAAAUGCUCUCUAAUCUUAGAAAGUAGCACUAAGAAGAAAUCAACAGAAUUAGCUCUCAGAUAGCUUUGCUAGAGUAUUAAUUAGCAAAUGAAAAGACCACUAACUAAAAAUUGUAGAAUGAAAUUCAAAAUAUUUCAAUCUCAUAAAUAAAUAUAAACUCAACCAAAAUCCCUGAAACUCAAAUAUAAGAUAAAGAAUUAUAAAUCUAGUAAUUGAAGAAAUAGUUUGAAGAAACUGUCUUAAACUAAAAAAUUGCAUAUGAGUAAGAAGUAUAAAAAAUGAACAAACAAGUUGAAAUUUUAGAACAAAGCUUAAUUGAAGAAAAGACAAACAGCAAGAAAUUAGAAUAUGAAAUACAAAACAUAUCUUGCCAAUAUGGAAAUAAUAAUGAUGAGGAAAUUUAGAACUUAAAGAAGCAAGUAGAAGAACUCCACAAUUAAAACUUAAAAAUUAACUAACAAAAUAUGGAAUUAACAUAGACUCAAUUAGCAAUGGCCUAACUAGCAAAUGAAAAUAAUCCUAACACAGAUAACUUGCUGAGUGAGAUUCAAAACUUAAAAAAUUUGAAUGAGACUUUGAAUUUAAAAAAUGAAGAGUUAGUUUAAGCUAAAGAAAAAGAAAUUCAAGAAAGAACAGAAGAGUAUCGUAUGAUUAUUCAAAAAAUGGAAUAAGAAAGCUUUAGUGUUAUUUAACAUGUUGAAGAAAGAGGCGAGAAGGAAGUUAGAAAUCAAGCUAAUAAUAUGGAUUCGAUUUUAUACGAAAAUUAAAUUGAGGAACUUAAUGAAACUAUCAGAUAACUUUAGCAAUAAUUAGAAGUUCAACAUGUUCCCAACUCCCAAAAGUAGCUAACAGAAUCCCCAGAAGUUGUUAGAAUUUACAAGAAAGAAGAUAACUUGAUCAACAUAUAAGAAAAUUUUGUUAAUCAAGAUGAAGAAGACAGCAGUUAAUUGUAGCAAAAAGACGAAUAAUAAGAAAUCAUCUCAUUAAAGGAAGAAGUUGUUAAAUAGAGAGAAGAAUGCGAUAAAUUAAAAGAAAAAAUUGAGCAAGAAUACAACACUAAUGAAGAUUUAAGAUAAAAUUUAUCUAAAAUAGUAACUGAGUCAGAAGAAUAAGAUACUAAAUAUAAAAAGUAAAUUUCUGAUAUCGAAUCUAAGUUGUUCUUACACAUAAAAGAGAUUGCAGAGAAGAAGUAGUUGAUUGAAGAUUUAGAGAAAUCUAAAAAAGCUUUAGCAGAGUAAGUUUUCUCUUAUGAAGAAAAGGAGCAUAAUUUGCAUCAAUAAGUAGUAGAAGCUAAAGAAUAGCUUGCAAAAAUCUAGGCUGAAACCAAAUUCUAAAUUCAAGAGGCAGAAAAGCGUCACUCAACCAGCUCCUCCUAAAUUUUAAACGAAAAUGAAAUGAAGAUCAGCAAAUUAAAAUCUGAGAUUCAAUAAGUUUAAAGUGAAUAUUAACUAAAGAUUUAACAAUCUGAACAAUAGUAUACAACCCAAAUUAACUAACUCAACUCAUAAAUUCAAACUCUAACAAAUCAAACUCAAGAAAAGAAUGCACUAAUAGAAGAAAAAGAAAGAAAAAUUGAAGAAUAAAUUUAAGUUGCUAAGAAAUUCGAAGAAAGAAUUGCUGAAAUGGUGAAGGAAAGAGAAGAUUUGUUAAAGCAUGAUAAAGAUAUUGAGUUACAAUCAAAAUAACUCAAAGAAAUAAUGGAAAAGGAAUAUAAACACUAACUCGAUGUAUAGAUCAGCUUAGCUAAGAAAUUAGAAACUGAAUUAGAAGCUUCUAAGCAAAAGUAUCAAAGUUAAGUUGAUCUUUUCAAUGAAUAAGUCAAAAAAUGCCAAGUUUUGGAAGUCUAAUUGAAUGAAAAUAAAGAAAAAUAAUAACAACUUGAACUAUAGUGGAAUAACCAAAAGAAAGAAAUUGAAGAGUAAAAUAACUAAGUCUAAUUUGAGCUUAAAAAUAAAUUGAGCGAAUUAGAAAAAACCAUUGCAUCAUAAACACAUGAAGAACACUAACUUAAAAACGACUUAGAAAAAUAUUAAAAUUAACUUGCAUAAAUUGCUGGUUAACUCAACUAAAAAGAAACACAACUCAAUCUAUUUAAGAAAGAAAACAGUGCACUCAGCUCUAAAAUAUAACAAAUCGAUGAAGAAAACAAUACUGAAAAACAAGAGUUAACUCAAAAAAUUGAGAAACUUGAAGCAUAACAAGCAGAACUCUAGUAAAAGUAUGAUAAGCAAGUUAAAUAAUACGAGAGAGUGAAGAAAGAAAAAGAAGAAAACGAUUUGUUAGCAGACGAAGAAAUUCACAAACUAAAAUAAAAUUAUGAAGCUCUCCUUGAAAGCGAAAAAGCUGCCAAAGAAGAUGUCAAAAAAGAAUUUAUUACUAAAGUUGAUGAGUUAAAAAUUUAAGUUGCCAGACAUGACACUAAAACUCGUUAAACUGAAGAUAAGCACUAAAAAUAAGUCAAGACUUUGGAAAAGGAAGUUGAAAGUUUGAAGUAACUCAAUAACAAAAAGAUUGAAACAAUGAAAACUAUUUAAGAAACAUGUAAGAAGUUAGAAGAAGAAAAAGGUUAACUAGAAUCAUAGUAUAAGAAAAAAGAAUAGAAAUUCAUAGAUGAAUUAAAAGAAAAAAAUGAAGAAAUUGAAGUACUUACUCAACAAAAGAAAAAGAUCAAUGAGAUUUAAAAUGAGUUGCAAGAGAAACUCAUUGCUGAAUAGAAAAAAGUUUCAGAGUUGAGUGAAAAUUAAGAAAAGCUCGCUAAGGAACUUUAAUAGUCUGAAGAAAAGAAAAUUUCUAUUGAAAAGGAGUGGAUUCAAAAGAACUAGUAGACUAUUGCUGAAUAUGAAAGUAAAAUUAGUGAAAAGGACGCUGAGUUUGAAAAAAUAUUAUCUAGCAAACAAGGCGAUUCUUCAUAAUAAAUAUAAGAACUUUCUUCAAAGAAUAUGAAAUAAGAAAAAGAAUUCCGUGAAAAAGAAAACAAUCUUAACAAUAAAAUUAACACCCUUCAAUCUUCAGUAAAGAACCAUGAAGAAAAAUUAAAAUCUUUGGAAGAAGAAAAUUCAAAAUUGUCUACCUAGUUAUCUGAAAAGAUAGCUGUCUUAAACAAGGAAAUAGAUACACACAAAGCAAGUAUCAAAGAAAAUCAAAAUUAAAUAGAAGCAUUUGAGAAAGAAAUUAAGGAAAAAAAUCAAAUCAUUAAGAAUCUUGAAUCUGAUAAGAGUGACCUAGAAGAAAAGACUCUUAAAUAAGAAGAAAAAAUUGUUUUAAUCAGCACUUAACUAGAAUAGACAAAAGCAUCAAAGAAAGAAAUUGAAGAUAAAUUAUCAAGAAAGAUUAAGGAAAAGGAAACAGAAUAAAAUAUAAUAAGUUAAGAUUAUAACUAAAAAAUACAAGUAUACAAGUAAACGAUUGAACACCUCUAAAAUAAUUCUCGUUAAGGAGAUAUCAAUUUCAGCUAAGACCUGAAGUUCUCUCAAAUUUCAAAGAUUACAGAUAAUUUAUCUGAUAACAACUCACAUGACGAGCAAGCUGAUAAACUCAGUGGUAAAGAAUUAAGCUAAAGAUUAAUGAGUGGAGUUGCUGCUCUAAGUCAAAGCAGAGCUUCUGUAAGUUCAAUUCGUUCUAAGGAAGAAACAAGAAGCAUGUAUAAAAAGCUUUCAUAAAUGUCUAUGGCAACAGCUGCUAUGAUGAGUGUUAAAAGAGAUUAUGUCUCUCUUAAAGAAUUAGCCAAGUCAAUUGAUGACCACGACGUUAACAACACUAGCAACUAAGAAGAUAUAGAUCCUAGAUUGACAAAAUCUGAAAUUCAGCAUAAAUGA